AUGGGAGCCGAGAGUGAUGAUCAUGACGAAUAUCAAGAAGAGCAAUAUUCAUCAUCAUCGGCUAAAAUAUAUGUGCAUGACUCCAAGAUUGUUCUUCCACCUUUGGGCGUUUCAACCCAAACCCAUGAUCCAUGGAGAUCAAGAGGACGGACCAUUUCUCCCCUCAAUUCAAAAUACAGAUGUUGGGAGGCAUCUAUGGUGAUGUUGGCAGCGUACUCGGUCUGGUUUUACCCGUUCGAGAUCGCCUUCCUGGAUACUUCUCACCACGGGGAGCUCUACCUCGUGGACACCAUAACCGACCUGUUUUUCAUCGCUGACAUAGCUCUGACCUUCUUCGUUGCUUACAUAGACUCCAAGACCAAUAUGAUGGUCUACGACCCUAGAAGGAUCGCGAAGAGGUACCUAUCAACAUGGUUUCUCAUGGAUGUGGCAUCCACCAUCCCUUACCAUUUCUUGUACCACUUGUUCACGGGCAAGCAACAAUUCUGGUUGUGUUAUUCGCUACUCGGGUUGUUCCGGUUUUGGCGAUUGGUCCGAGUUGAGCACCUCUUCAAAAGGCUUGAGAAGAACAUCAAGUUCAACUAUUUCGCGGUCCGGUGCUUUAGACUAUCUUGCGUGGCAUUGUUUUCAGCACAUUGCGCGGCGUGCCUCUUCUUCCUGCUGGCCGAGGAGAACCACGGCGGCAGAACUUGGAUCGACGACAUCGCCAAAUACGGCGACGAGACGAGCAUCUGGCUGCGGUACACCGUCGCCGUGUACUGGUCCGUCACCACCAUGACCACCGUCGGGUACGGCGACCUCCGGGCGGAGAACACGCGGGAGAGGAUCUUCAUCACCGGGUACAUGCUCUUCAACCUCGGCCUCACCGCCUACUUGAUCGGCAACAUGACCGACCUCGUCGUCGAGAGCGCCCGCCGCACCAUGGAGUACGUAAGUAUAAUUAACAAGAAAAGCAUCGAAGUAGCGUCGACCUUCGUGAACAGAAACUGCUUACCUCGGAGGCUAGAAGAGCAAGUGUUGGCCUAUAUGUCGUUGAGAUUCCAGGCCGAGAGAUUGAACCAACAACGUUUGAUUGAAGAGCUUCCCAAAUCGAUUCGGAGGAAGGUUUGCCGACAUUUGUUCUUGCCGUCGGUACAACAAGUGUAUCUUUUCAAGGGCGUCUCCCUCGGAACCCUGAUGUCACUAGUUUCGGGGAUGAGGGCAGAGUACAUGCCGUCACGAGAAGAGGUCAUCUUGCGAAACGAACGGCCAGAUGAAGUGUACAUAAUCGUCUCUGGAGAAGUCGAGAUCGUGAGCACUACCAGCGACCAGUCCUGGCUGGAUGGAAGCUUAAGCAGCGGCGACAUGUUUGGGGAAGUUGACGCACUUUGUGGCAAACCUCAGAGGUUCACGUAUCGAACCAAAGUGCUCUCGCAGGUGUUGCAACUCAAAACGACGACGCUUUUGGAGGCCAUGCGGAGCAAUCACGAUGAUUCCGUUGUCAUAGUCAAGAACUUCCUCCACUCCUCCAAGAUUUUGAAGAACUACGGCAUGGUUCCAUUUCCCGACAAUGAAUUAGACGAGGAAGAGACAAAGAUCACAGCUAACUCCUACAGCUUGUUGUUCUUGGCAAGCCUUGGCAAUGCGUUUUUCCUUGAAGAGUUGCUCAAGGAAGGGUUGGAUCCCAACAUCGGUGGCUCCAAAGGCAAAACUCCAUUGCACAUAGCAGCAUCAAAGGGGCACAAAGAGUGUGUGCUAGCGCUCCUCAAAUAUGGUUGCAAUGUAAACUUGAGAGAUGUGGAUGGCAAUACUGCGUUAUGGGAGGCCAUAUCAUCGAACCACAACCUGAUAUUCGGGAUCCUGCUCAGUCACGCCAACAUCACCUCCUACGAAAUCCGAACCAUCGAGGGCGAUCUGCUAUGCUCAGCCGCGGAACGAAACAGUCUCAGAGUCGCGAGGGAGCUCGUGCGAGUGCACGGAUUCAACGUGCACUCGAGGAAUCGACGUGGAGAAGUAGCUCUGGGACUGGCCAUGGAGAGGAAUCACGAAGACGUGGUGGAUUUCCUCGUGGCGAACGGCAAAUCACAAGCUGCAGCUGCAGGUGCGCGAAUCGAUCGAAGAAGUUCGUUGCUCGAUUGCUGCUUGAGAGUGAGCAUCUUCAUGGGUCGUCAUCCUGAUUUGGUUAGAAGGGUUGAGGAUGUUGGUGAUGAAGGGAAAAGCAUGAGGUUUGGGAAGUUGAUUAAGUUGCCGAGUACACUUGAGGAGCUCAAAAGCAUUGCAGGUAUAUACGAAAAAAACUUUAUAAUCAUGAACAGAAAUUAUUGUCUUUCCAUGUGCUUAGUAAGCUUAAUUAGUUUUGGUGAAAUUCGAUUCAAUCAACUAAUAACUUUGAUUUGA